AUGCCGGUGAUAUCAGCGCUGUUGAUCCUUCCCAUUGGCGUCACGAGAGUGGCAUACAAUCAAUACAAGCCACAUGAAAGCCAUUCCGAAAACAGCGACUUUCCACAGGACGAGGCUUGUAGUAUCAGUAUCAUCGCGCCGCCAUUAGCGACGAGUAGUUCUUCGUAUUACCGUUUCUUCAGCUUGCCAUGGGCACGUAUUCACAGAGACUUGUCCCUGUCUUCUGUGUUUGUGUCAUCAUUUUCCUCUAUUCCCAAGACUGCCGCCGCACCGGCAGAAAACGAGUUUUCGUUGGUUAAGACUGCAGAUUCUGCUUCCUCGCCAAUAAAGAUUGGGCACGUAGUUCAGUUAGAACUGACGAUCUCCUUCAAAGCAGGAAGUACUGAUAUGGUUGUGGAGCUCUUCACCCCGGACAACAUCAACACCGCUAUGAUUUUGUGUGAUGUCCAGUUAGUGAGGCAAGGUUCCUUAUCUUACACAGGUUCAACAACACCCACCUACGAAUCUAAGGACGGAACUAUCAAUUAUGAUCGAGUUAUCAUUGACGUGGGAGUUGUCACCAACAGCUUAUGCAACACGCUUGAGCAAUGUCAAAUGGUUUUUUCAUACAACGCUAUAAUGAUAGAAAAUCCCUCGAUCGUGAGUGGAUCAACGCAUUACGUUAGUGCAGGUGCCGAGUACGACAACAAAGAAUUUAUCUGGAUUGGUCAGUUUGCCUUCGACCUUUAUCAAGACAAGACUGUCGCGGAACAGCCAACAGUUGACUGGUCAGGUCCGUCCGAGGUGCCUAUCGGAUCAUCUAUCAUAUACACGGCCUCUUUGUACCUGCCCAACCCGAGCGUGGAUGUUGUUUUUGCUGCCUACACACCCCUCAACACUUCCUCUGUGAUGAGUGUAUGCAGUGCCAAAAUCAAAAGCAUGGGAUCGAAUUUUAAUUGUGGUUUCGACAGCAACGGCGUAACCACGACACCGUACACAGCUUUGACUGGCAUCGGCAACUCUAUGAUGGAGAUAAAUGGAGGCAGGGUCGUUAAUAAAGGCUCCCGUCACACUCGAGAUGCACAAAACGACAACGUCAUUGAAUUUGAGGUCAUCUAUCAUAAAUAUCUAGACACGUCACAUGUGGACCAAUCAUAUGAUGCUGGGGCCUCUCUGGACCUGUCCGGUAGUCAAAUCUGGGCAGCUACACAUUCUUUCAAAGUCAUUCCUGAGGAUAUUGACACGUCGAUGCCUUCUGCGACAGUGAGCAUCGACCCAGGCAUAGAUUCCAAUGUAGAGAUCAAGAAGCCGGUAAUGGUUACUAUUAGUAUUGAAAUACCCUACAAUACCACUGCCACUUAUGAACUGACUGUAGAAACACCUAUUAUCAGCGAUGAACCAGUAUUCCAACUAUGUUCGGUGAUUCUCAACUCGGCCGGCAACAACCUGCCGUGUUUAGCACUGGACAAAUCUACCGAGUACAGCGCAAGGACUACCAGCGGGUUAUACGCUGACAGAGGCGUGAUGUUUCUCGGGGGCAUCACCAAUCUACCAAUUGAGGCAUCUUCUACAACAGCCAACUCUGUCAAAGUGGAUGUCGUUUUUACACCAUUAGACCAUCCAUCUGCCACACUGAGCUCGCAGCAUGAUCUUGCAGUGUCACUGGCGUAUGCAGGACGUACAGAAGUGACGUCACACACUUUUACAGUAACCGGAACAAGCGCUGCUACUGCGAACGUGACGUCGCCAGACUUCAACAUGACGUAUGCUAUUGGCUCGGAUACUGUUAUUGUAGGAUUAAGUAAACGCGUCGUCCUGGAUAUCGUCACGACCCCUAACAGCACUUAUGAAAAGUUUGAUGUCGAGUUCAUUAUGCCCAGUGGCAAUGUCUCCUCCAAGUUUAAAGUGUGUCGAUCAAAAGUCCUGUCGGCGGGAAAAAGCGUGCCUUGUGUUACACCUCACUGGUUCAACAAAAUGGUCACCUACACAUCAAAGUUUAACGAUGGUAUCUACAAUCGAGCCGUACUCCCAUUUGGAGGAGUAUGCAACACGGGGUUAUAUUCCGACGUGGCAGAAGACCAAAUUUCCAUAGCAGUGGAUCUGACCGUUCUUCAGAACGAUGAAAUGAGCACGCUAGAACGGGUCAGUGCCGGAACCAUGUUCUCAACGACAAAGAUCUGGGUCGGACAGUUAAGCAUGAACAUUGACUCUGGCGGCGCCGUUGCACCCAAUACGCCACCAUAUCUUGGCUUGAUACAAAACACUACCCUGACCAUGACCCCCAUUGGUUAUCCGAUGGUGUAUAGCCUCGUCAUGAAGGUUGCGCCUGGCGAUAGUGUCGACCUCAUGGUUGUUGUAGAGUCACAGACACCCGGACUGUUUGUGUGUGGUUUGCGUAUAAUGGCUGCUGGAGAUAACUUCCCGUGUCUUGAUCAGACGAUCGAGCCUGUAUUCGACACUUGGCCUUCUGGUGACAAUAAAAGAGCGACUUUUAACGCAAGUUAUGUUACCAAUUGUGGUCCCGACCCUCCACUGGUCAAUAACGAUUUCUAUGACGACAACACAAUCCUGUUUGAGAUUAUCGUGCAGCUCGCUCAAACCGUGACUGAUGGUACCCAACUGGACUUCACGUCCACUGCGACGUAUGCCAGUGGACAAAGCAAUGCCAUAACACAAACAUUGACUGCUACUAGCAACACCUCCAGUAUCGACAGGAAUGUUACUCAGAGCGCCAACUUUAGUUUUUAUAUGGCCAGUAUAGGCACGAACGAUACAGAAUAUGUAGCGUUCGGGGAAGCAAAGCGCUUGAUUCUGGACAUGACGUUGCCUGCUUCAAUGACCAGCGAAUACACCGUCAAGAUGUUCACCUCUCCCUUAGUGGACCCCGGGUACAUGGAGAUUUGUGGGGCAGCCGUGAUUGAGGUCGGCAAGAACUUCCCUUGUCUUCGUCAAACUGAAAUCGAUCCUGUCUUUGAAAAACGGCCUGGCUCCAACUACAAUGGUAUCGCCACACUAUAUCUUGGAUUCAUCUGCAAUUCAUACAUGGGCACAGAUGAGGCUUCAAAUAGGAUUCGUGUAGAGGGCGUUUUCAAAUUAUUACAUAAUACUUCGAGCUUAGCCGGAGAUACUCACACCGUCCAUGUUGCAGUGAACAACAACGAUUUUGAAAUAUUUGUGUCUAGUUAUGAUCUUAUUCAGACAGACACUUUCAUACCCAAGACCAAUAACACAAUCGAAACGAAUGAGACAACGCUUUACGUGAACCUUACCAACAACGUCAUAGACAUGUCUGUAGGCGUGCUCACUACUCUGCCGGUGGUCUUCAACAUUAAACCUCGAUCCGUUUCCCAUGUGAAGUUCGAUAUCGAUACUUUCACCAACAAUUCUGUGGUCGCACUUGUGAAAGACAUCCGUUUGGUUGGCACCGGAACUAAUGUAGCUUGCCUGUACGUGGAUGAAGCUCUCGGACAGACUUUCACGCCGGUAUUAAAUUCAUCCCUUCAGACUUGCCAGGUCGACCAAGGCUUUCUUGAUUUAGGUGUCGUCUCCAACCCAGGUCUGUCGUACGGUAAGAAAGAGUUUAAAGAUGGCGAUAACAGUGUUUUGCUGGAGGUUGAUAUCAUGUUGCCAGACUUUGAAUUAGCAGAACACAACGCCGAAUUCCCCAUCAGUCUUGGUGGUAUGGUUGCCGAUAUCAUCGUUCUCUGUGAGCCGAAGAUACGGGUGAUCCGAGACAACAACGAAAAACCGGAAUUAGAGUUUACUGCAGAAGUCAACACUAGCCUGACAACUGAUUCUCAAAUCUUCGUAGAUGUCGUGUUAGGUCACACCAAUACGUCGUCGGGAACGGCUGUCAAUGCUUCCUUCUUGAUGUUCCUACCUCCCUAUCUUUACUUCUCAAACUUGACACGGACUAAUAUUACACCAGCGGAGCUAACAAAAGAACCAGGAUUCAUCAACGUACGGUUUGGAAACCUUCUCCUCUGUAAUGCAGUGGAUUUUACAGUGUUACUGGAGAGUAAUAACUCAGUGGAAGUUCCAUUAGACAUUAUUCCAGAUAACACCAUCAUUUUGUUAGAGGCAGGCAGUAAUGUCUAUCAGAGGUCUGGUAGCUCCUUACCGAGUAAUUCUUUCUUAUCUACCGAUACACAGUAUCUGAACUUCAGCGCCAAGGUCACACAAGACGAUGCCUGUAACACUGUCCUCGGAAUGGAGACGGGCCUUAUCAAGGAUUGCCAGAUCGCCUCAUCUGUCGAGGAUGAUCCUCAACACCCUGCUAUACAUAGUCGGUACAAGGGAAGUUCAGCUUGGUCACCAUUCAGUCAUUCAGUACUUCUUUCACCAUUACGGUACCUCCAAGUUUGCUUUGGAAACGUCACACUUGUGGCAAAAAUAAUCAUAGAACGAGGAAAUACCACCCUGUUCCCUCAUGUCGUUACCUCUAUCGCACUGGAUUAUAGCAAUGACGACAAAGCAUAUGAAAGGGCCGAAAUCAUCGAUGUUAGCGGGAUGUUUGCUGCCAAUGACGAAAUCACGGUGGAACCAGGUAGACCUACUCCAGCCAGAUAUAUCCGAAUCUACCUCUUGUCAGAUAAUGCGGGAAUAUUACCCGCCUUGCUCGGACUGAAAGUCGAGUUUAUAGGGUGUACCAGGUCGAGUGACAUAUCAUCCCAAGGUUUGCCGGAUGUAGUUGGGUGUCUCCAUGGCUACGAUAAGACAAUGGAUCGACUGUAUGCCUGGCACACGAACAAGAGAACAAUGCUGAUGAGUAUGAAUGACGGCGAUGACUGGGACACGGUUAGUCUAGAUACCUACUUCACGUCUAGAGACAAUGGGAAAGACAAUGGUCAGUUUUUAUUCUCCAAACCGAUCGGCUGGCAAUCCAAUGACGAGUUCAAUUCUGCUGAGCCACAUGCAAAUUACCAACUAGGAGAUUGGGGAGCCACAUACAAAGGGCUCUUCUUCAGGAGUGGAGGAACAUGGGCACAGCGCGUGGUAUGGAAUGCAGCAUAA